AUGUGUGAAUAUUUCCUUUCAUUUCAUUAUUUCAUUAUGGUCAAAGUACGCAAAGGUUCAAAGCCACCACCCGAUGGAUGGGAUUUAAUUGAACCGACAUUGGACGAACUCGAAGGAAAAAUGCGUGAAGCGGAAUUAGCACCACAUGAAGGUAAACGAAAAGUCGAAACCCUAUGGCCAAUAUUUAAGAUUCACCAUCAGAAAUCUCGUUAUCUCUACGAUCUCUAUUACAAACGUAAAACUAUCAGUAAAGAAUUGUAUGAUUACUGUAUGAAACAGUCGAUCGGAGACAAGAACUUGAUUGCUCAAUGGAAAAAGCAAGGCUACGAAAAUCUAUGUUGUCUUCGUUGCAUUCAACCGCGAGAUACUAAUUUCAAUAAGAAAUGCAUCUGUCGUGUACCCAAAGAAAAACUCGAAGAAGGAAAAGUAGUUGAAUGUGUCCAUUGCGGAUGCCGCGGAUGUUCCGGUUAA